AUAUUCAGACUUCUUUACUUUCCUUUGAAAACUUGACUUGUUCCCCACGCAGAACAGACCACCGGAGCAGAACAUCGACGGCGGCGGGCCGCGCAAUCGCUAUCUUCUUCCUCAAUCUCGACCAGAUUUCCAUCCAUCGCCGCCGGAUCCUAUCCAGAUCGCCAUGGACACCACCAACGGCGGGCAAGCGGUUGCGCCGGUCAUGCGUCCCAAGACCAAGAUCGUCUGCACGCUCGGUCCUGCUUCUCGUUCUGUUCCCAUGGUGGAGAAGCUGCUCCAGGCCGGGAUGAACGUCGCGAGAUUCAAUUUCUCUCACGGUUCUCAUGAGUACCAUCAGGAGACUCUCGAUAACCUCCGCAAGGCUAUGGAGAACACCGGCAUCCUUUGCGCAGUCAUGCUCGACACCAAGGGUCCGGAAAUUCGAACUGGGUUCUUGAAAGAUAGCAAACCCAUCCAACUGAAACAGGGCCAAGAGAUCACCGUAUCCACAGAUUACAGCAUCCAGGGUGACGAUAAAAUGAUCUGCAUGAGCUACAAAAAGCUGGCCGAGGAUGUAAAGCCAGGAAGCGUGAUACUCUGCGCUGAUGGCACAAUUUCCUUCACUGUUUUGUCUUGUGACAAAGAAAACGGCUUGGUAAGAUGCCGCUGUGAGAACACUGCAGUUCUCGGUGAGAGAAAGAAUGUCAACCUUCCUGGUGUCAUCGUGGAUCUCCCAACUCUGACAGAGAAAGACAAGGAAGAUGUCUUGAAAUGGGGGGUUCCGAACGAAAUUGACAUGAUUGCUCUUUCAUUUGUGCGUAAAGGCUCUGACUUGGUGGAGGUUCGGAAGCUGCUGGGCGAACAUUCUAAAAGAAUCCUUCUCAUGUCUAAGGUUGAGAAUCAGGAGGGCGUGGCGAAUUUCGACGACAUUCUUGCGAAUUCAGAUGCGUUUAUGGUGGCGAGAGGUGAUCUAGGGAUGGAGAUUCCGAUCGAGAAGAUAUUCUUGGCUCAGAAGGUGAUGAUCUACAAAUGCAACAUCCAAGGAAAGCCCGUCGUCACCGCAACCCAGAUGUUGGAGUCGAUGAUCAAAUCCCCGAGGCCUACUCGCGCCGAAGCCACUGACGUCGCCAACGCCGUCCUCGACGGAACCGACUGUGUCAUGCUCAGCGGCGAAACGGCUGCGGGAGCUUAUCCUGAUCUCGCCGUCCGCACAAUGGCCAAAAUCUGCAUGGAAGCCGAGAGCACGAUCGAGUACGGCGACGUGUUUAAACGUAUAAUGGCGAACGCGCCGGUCCCGAUGAGCCCUCUCGAGAGCCUUGCGUCAUCGGCCGUUCGGACGGCGAACUCGGCAAGAGCAGCGCUGAUUUUGGUCCUGACCCGGGGAGGGAGCACCGCGAAGCUGGUCGCGAAAUACCGGCCGGGCAUGCCGAUACUGUCAGUCGUGGUCCCGGAGAUCCAGACCGACUCAUUCGAUUGGUCGUGCAGCGACGAAUCGCCGGCGCGCCACAGCCUGAUUUUCCGGGGUCUGGUUCCGAUUCUCUGCGCGGGAUCGGCGAAGGCGUCGCACGAAGAGUCGACCGAGGAAGCGCUCGAGUUCGCCCUUCAGCACGCGAAGACGAAGGGGCUGUGCAAAGUCGGGGAUGCUGUUGUCGCGCUUCACCGUAUCGGAACGGCGUCGAUUAUCAAGAUCGUUACUGUUAAAUGAUAACGGCAGCUACUGUUAAAUGAUAACGGCAGCGUCGCACCGCCGACCGGCCGGAGUUCCGUUCAGGCGGUCCGGCCGGCCGGCUCCGUUCAGGCGGUUUUUUUCAGGAUGACGAGGAAUAAAGGGUGAUCGAUUGUUAUGAUUAAUAUGAAAGGAUUAUUUGUUCGAAGAUCACGAACCUUUUUAUGUGUUUUUUGGCUUGGAUUAAUUUGUUUAUUUUGUGUGGGGAGUGAGACUGCUCAAUGGAAAACAUAUCGACAUUACUAUUAUUACAUUUGCAUUAUAGGAGUGUUGAAAGAAAAUUGAGUUUUUAUUACUUA